CAUCGAGCAAUCAAUUUCUUUUUGCCGGCAUUCAACAAACUUUGGCUGGAAGAUGAAGAUGUUGGCCAGGAUACACUUAUCAAAGAACUUACUGAUAUGGGCGAAGAGCAAGAGCAGGUAUUUGGAAAAGCUGGCGAGGAGGAACUGCUUGCAGACGAAAAAGAUGAAAAGACACAGUUACGUCCGGAUCCGUUACGACAGCUUAUUCAGUGCUUCCAACGUGCGGCAACCAGUGAGCAAAGUCAGACGAUCUCAAUUGCCAACGAUUCGCUUUUUGUAAAUUUUGCACAAGUGAUGUCAAAAUCGGUACAUAUUGAAGAUGAAGAUGAAGGCGGCGAUGAUGAAGGCGAACUCGACCAAGCGCAAAAAGAGGAAAUUUCUCAAGCGCUCCGUGCCGAGCAAGCGGUGCUAGCGGAUCGAGGUGCAGCCAUAAUGUGCCUUAUGUAUCUGUCGGCAAGUAAUGGAGAGCCAAGUGAAAUGGUUGCCGAAGCACUUCAGUUAGGGAUUCAUUUGCUCAACGGCGGAAAUGUCAAUAUUCAGAAGGCUGAAGGUCUGGGUAUGGGUGCUGAAUUGGCCGCUGGUGAUAACCAGAAUUUGAACGAUUCUGAAUUUACAUGCAGUCUUUUCCGAUUUCUACAGCUCACUUGCGAAGGCCAUAAUUUAGAAUUCCAAAAUUACCUACGAACCCAACCAGGACACACGACAAGCGUGAAUCUGAUCAACUGCACUGUUGAUUAUUUGCUACGCCUUCAAGAAUCCGUAAUGGAUUUCUAUUGGCAUUAUUCGAGCAAGGAAGUAAUCGACGAGGGUGGCAAGGAGUAUUUUUUGAGGGCAAUUCAAGUGUGCAGCCAAGUAUUCAAUACACUUACUGAAAGCAUACAGGGUCCUUGCACUGGAAAUGUUCUGAACGGUCCAAUUGGUAAGCAGAUGGUCGAUGCACUGGUUGAAAGUGAACAGAAUGUGGAAAUGAUCCUGAAAUUCUCGGAUAUGUUUCUUAAGCUAAAGGAUUUAACAACAUCUCAGGCAUUCCAGGAUUUCGAUACCAAUCGCGAUGGCUGGAUAUCACCCAAAGAAUUCCAGCGUGCUAUGGAAAGUCAAAAAAUGUACACUGUGGAGGAAAUAACAUACCUGAUGAUGUGCACUGAUGUGAAUAACGAUGGCAAAGUUGAUUACAUGGAAUUCACCGAACGCUUCCAUAAUCCAGCAAGGGAUAUUGGUUUUAAUGUUGCUGUGUUGCUAACAAAUCUAAAAGAGCACAUCACUAAUGAUCCACGAUUGGAGAAAAUUGUCGAAAAAGCAGGAAGUCUGCUGGAGUACUUCGAUCCUUAUCUUGGUAGAAUUGAAAUUAUGGGUUCCAGUAAACGAGUCGAAAAAAUUUAUUUCGAAAUCCAAGAAUCAUGGCUGGAGCAAUGGAGCAAGCAGCAAAUUAGGUAUUUCAUUUAUUUAUCGCUAUUAAAAAUUACCAAAACCGGUCGGACAACGGGCGUUGGGAACUGA